AUGGCCAUGCCAUCCAUUGGGAGCCUCACCAUUCUCGAAACGCCAAUUAACUUGGAAGAGGAUAUAAGUGAAGAUGAAAUCAGUUGUGGGAAUCUGAACUUUGCAAGAAGAGUUGAAUGCAAUAAAUGUGGUGCGCCCUCUCCAAGUGGAGCAGGCGAUCAUGCUGGUAGUGGCGGUGGUUAUAACAGAGGAGGAAGCGGAGGCGGAUAUGGUGGGCACCGUGGUGGUAGAAACAGUGGUUAUGGUGGUAUAGACGGUGGUGGAAGAGGUGGCUCUUAUGCUGGUGGUCAAGGAAGAGAAGAUGGUGGUGGCUAUGGUGGUGCUCCAGCUGAACCUCCAGCUAAGGUCAAACAAUGCGAUGAGAAUUGUGAGGAUUAUUGCGACAACUCAAGAAUCUACAUCUCCAAUCUGCCAUCGGAUGUGAGUAUUAAAGAGCUAAGAGAGCUUUUUGGGGGGAUUGGCCAGAUCUAUUUGUUUGUGUCCUGA